UCACUGAUGAUCAAGAUGAAGUGGGUUCUAAUUGCUGCGUUGCUUGGCGCGGCGAUAGCUGAUGUUCCAGAGAAUCGCCGAGUUCAUGACAAGAACCUGUUCCAGGGGGACAUAGUGUUGACUCCUUUGCAGAGGAUGGCAGUGGACACGGGAAGGGACCCCACUGAGGUUGGGCGUGGCGCAUUCAGGGGGAACUUGUGGCCCAAUGGGGUCAUGCCCUACACAAUCGCCAGUUCGCUCAGCGGCAAUUCCCGUGCGAUGGCGUCGAUCCGUGCUGGAAUGAAGCUAUGGACUGAUACGACUUGCAUCACAUUCAAACCCAGAACCACCGAGAGAAACUACGUCGAGUUCUUUCAGGGAUCUGGAUGUUACUCCAACGUUGGCGUCGCUGGAGGAAGGCAGCAGCUCUCAUUGGCUAGUGGCUGCUGGUACCAGGGCACAACUUCGCACGAGAUCGCGCAUGCGCUCGGUUUCUACCACGAGCAGUCUCGUCCGGACAGGGACCAAUACGUGCAGAUCAUCUGGGCCAACAUUCCCUCAGGCGUGCGAUAUAACUUCAACAAGAUGACCACCUCCCAGAUCAACGCUCUGGGGACACCAUACGACUAUGGUUCCGUCAUGCACUACGAUCGCACAGCCUUCGGAAGUGGCAGAGAAACCAUUCGGCCCCUCAAAGCAGGCGUCACCACUCUUGGCAACAGACAGGGACCAACAGCCAUUGACAUCAAGCAGAUGAAUCUGCUGUAUAAGUGCAGCGGUGGAGGAGGUACCGGUGCAACUAAACCCCCGGUAACGCAAGCUCCUGUCACGCAAGCGCCAUCAGGCUGCAGCGAUCACCACUCGAGCUGUUCGUACUGGGCCAGUAUCGGGGAGUGCAAUAAGAACCCUAACUACAUGUUGGUAAACUGCAAGAAAAGCUGCGGCAAAUGCGGCGGAUCUUCAUGUUCUGAUACCGACCAGAGGUGCGCUUAUUGGGGAAACUUCUGUUUAUCGAAUGAUUACGUGCAGAAGUACUGCAGAAAAACGUGCAGACUCUGCUGAAAGCCUAGCGACUUCAACGCUUAACACAAAUUAAUAAUUUUAGUAAAAGGUGGAAGCUAACGAUUCAUACAUUUCAAUAAAGUGAGUGAAAAGCA